GUUAUGUUUACUUUUUUCAAAAUGUUGCUGUAAAUUGUUUACCUCAGCCAUUCCUUUUGUGCCAUCUUAAUUAAAUUUAACUGUAUAAAUCUGAUGGUUUACUCUUCGAAUGUAAUAAUGGUUUUGUGACUAAACUGGAAAAUUCAUAUCAUCAUGAAAAUCACUUCUAUAUUAAAUCUGUGAUCUACCAAUAACCAAUGGUUAAUUCAUAUCUAAAUCUCUCCUGUGUGAUUAAUGCUCAGGUUUGUUUAUGGCGACCUUUCCGGAUGCUUUCAACCCGCCUUUACUGCAUUGUAUUUAUAUUGAUUUUCUUCGUUGUUCUUCUGUUUAAUCAUUAUUACAUAUCUAAAAAUGUGGUUGAUGAUUCAAUCAAUAGCAAUAUUGGAGCAUCUAAUGGAUUGAUUCAUAGGCACACAUCAAGUCCACCUUUCGACAGUGAUGAUUUGGAGAAUGUCUAUCGUAUCGAUAAUCUCAAAUACAGGAUCAAUGAGAUGCUACGGAUAAGAGGUUCAGUUAGCAAUGAGUUAAAAAAUUUGGAAAGUAAAAGACAAAAGCUUCAAAAUGAAAUUGCUAGUUUAUCCAAUCGAUUGGUGGAAACACAAUAUCAGCUCACUAAGAAACAGUCUGAUUUGAAUCGCGUUCACUUCUCCGUUGCUCAAGCUGAAUUUACACAGAAAGAAACAGCAUUACGGAACCAACCAUUUCUUGCUCGACCAAUCAAGCUCCUACCUCUUUCAAGACCAGAAAUUUCUUCCGAUAAUAUCAAUGACUUAGUGACCAAUGGGUGUACCAUGACUACAUGUUUUGACUAUUCUCGAUGCUCUUUAACCUCGGGCUUUCCUACUUACGUUUAUUCAAAAAUAAUCAAGAGUGAAACAACUCAUCUUGCAUUUGAAGAAGACGCAUUUAUGAGUGCAUUUAGACUUAAUCCUCAUUAUACACUUGAUGGUAGCAUUGCCUGUGUCUAUGUUGUCUUCAUUUACAUCGAGGAUGCAGAAAUUAACAUUAACUUAUCUAUACCAUUGCUUCAAUCAUUUUUACAUAAUCUCGAUUAUUGGUCUGGUGAUGGAAGAAACCAUAUAAUAGUCAAUUUAAACUCGAGCGUUGAUAUAAUCGAUUUAGGCAUAAAACCUUUACGAGCUCUAGUCCUUCAAAGUAAAUUUAAUGCUAAUCAUUUUCGAGAAGGUUUUGAUGUGAUAAUACCACCUUUGAAUAGCAAUCAACCACAAUCAUCAAUUCAAUCAAACUGUCCUGCAAGACGCAAAUAUCUUUUAACUUAUCAAGGAUCUAUAAAUAAAUCUUUUUCAAACUUUCAAACAAAGAAAUUAAUUGAAACAAUGAGAGCGAUCGCCAAUCAAACGAAAUCCGAUGAAAUUAAUUUUGACUUUAAUUGUGCCAACAACUGUAAAAGCCUUUCUACUCAAUCCACAUUUUCUCUGAUAUUACCACCUUUAGAAAAAUGGUACAAAUCUCAUCCUGAAAUAAUCAAUGAUAUAUUUCACCUCUUCAAAAUAGGUGUAGUGCCUGUUUUAAUUGGAGGUCGGGACUACAAAUUGCCAUUCCAUGAGGCUAUUGAUUGGAGACGAUCAGUUCUACAUGUUCCAAUACCUAGAAUAUCAGAAAUUCAUUUUAUAGUCAAAUCUUUUAGUGAUUCUGAUAUCAUUGACAUGAGACGUCAAGCAAAAUUGAUAUUUGACAGAUAUUUUUCCACACACGAGACCAUUGCUAAAACAAUAUUCUCUUUUAUCCGGCAUCAACGUCUUGACAUUCCUGCUUUACCCGCAAAGGAGGACACAUAUCCGUUUUUGUACAACUCUACUUAUACCGUAGACAAAUAUUUGGAGGCAUUCGAUAGCGCUUUGAACCAAGAAAAUGAAAUCGAUGAGAAUCUCGGUCCAAUAGAGUCUCCUUUUCCUUCAACUACCUUUCAACGCAAUUUUUCACUUACUUUGUGCCAUGGUUAUUAUCUUUGGAACUCAGCUCACCUUAAUCCAUUCACCCUUUAUCCAAAUACACCAUUUGACCCUGUGUUACCUUCUGAUGCCAAAUUUUUAGGAUCAGGUUAUGGAUUCCGUCCUAUAGGUCAAGGAGCUGGAGGAACCGGCAAAGAGUUCAGUGAAGCUCUUGGUGGUAAUUGGCCCAAAGAACAAUUUACUAUUAUCAUAUUAACUUAUGAGCGCGAAGCUAUUCUUCUUGAUUCUCUUCAAAGACUUCGAGGAUUACCUUAUCUCAAUAAAGUUUUGGUCAUCUGGAAUAGUCCAAGGAAACCUUCUCCUGAUGUAAAAUGGCCUGAACUUGGUGUUCCCAUAGUUGUCAUUGCUGCUGAUCAAAAUAGCUUAAAUAAUCGUUUUAAACCAUACAAUCAAAUAGAAACUGAAGCAAUACUUUCCAUGGAUGAUGAUGCUCACCUUCGUCAUGAUGAAAUCAUAUUCGGCUUUCGGGUUUGGAGGGAAGCUCGAGAUAGAGUUGUAGGUUUUCCUGGACGAUAUCAUGCUUGGGAUAUGAAUUUUAAUUCAUGGCUUUACAAUUCAAAUUAUUCGUGUGAAUUAUCAAUGGUGUUAACUGGAGCAGCAUUUUUUCACAAGUAUUACACCUAUGUAUAUACCUACACAAUGGACAAAGCAAUAAGAGAAAAGGUUGAUGAAUACAUGAACUGUGAGGAUAUCGCAAUGAAUUUCUUGGUUUCUCAUAUAACUCGACAACCUCCUAUAAAAGUAACGUCCAGAUGGACUUUCAGAUGUCCUGGUUGUCCUGUUCGGUUGUCUGAAGAUGAUUCGCAUUUCCAAGAGAGGCAUAGAUGUAUCAAUUAUUUUACUUCGCUUUACGGCUACAAUCCUCUUUUACAGACUCAAUUCCGUGCAGAUUCCAUUCUUUUUAAAACCCGAAUUCCUCAUGAUAAGCAAAAAUGCUUCAAAUUUCUGUAAUUAACACUGUAUAAACUCAUUCGCUUGCCAUCUUAAAUAAUAUAAAAAACAAUACCACAAAAAUAAUUCUUUGA